AUGGUAUUUGAAGCAGAAAUUGGACUCAAUAAGCAUAAACUUAUGUGGUCUAAAUCCAUAGCAUCCCUAUCAAAUAUAGCAGAAGCAAUAACGUUCACUAUAAAUAAAGAUUCUAUAUCCUUGUCUGCAACCAAUACCAGUAAAACCUCCUACGCGCAAAUAUAUUUCAAGAAAACCUUUUUCAACAAACUUUCCGUUGAUUUUAAUAAUAUAUUACCAGAAGGAUAUGAUGAUGGGAAACAACAGAAGGAGGAACCGAGUUAUUCUUUUCUUAUUAAUUCACGACAUAUGGCAACUUUAUUUAAAAGUCUAGAUUCAAGUGGUAUGAAACAUUUAAGUUUUAGGAUAAAUUGGUCUCGUAAUGCACCAAUAAAUCUGAGGUAUAAAUUAUUUAUUGAAAUCCAUACGAAAAAGUUGGUUGUUAAAAAGUUCCAAGCUAGUUAUACUCCAGCAAAUAAACAGAAUCUACAUAUUGCUUCUAUUUAUAAGGACACCUUAUAUAAACAACGAGAAGAAGAAGAAGAUUUACAUGAUAAAACUCGAAUCAACCACAUAAUGAUAGAUCAAUUGAUACCCAAACAGUUUCUUGAAAUGGUCCCUGCAUCUGCUGAGGAUUUCAAAAUAGAUAUCAAGAGUGAAAGAAUACUGUUUUGUGGUUAUACUAAACAAAUAAUCAAAGAUAGAGAUUAUUUAAAACAACCCAUGGCAGUAACAGUAACUAUCAGUCUAGACGAAUUAACUGAUUCCAAUUUACUACUGUCGAAUUCAGAUCAAGAACCUAUACGAAAACAAAUUAAUUUUGGCAUGCGUGAUUUCAAAAAUUUUUUGAAUUUAGCCAAUUUUUUCACAACUCCAUCAUCAUCCUCUGAACGAUUAGAUGAAAAUUAUGUAACUACUGCCAAUAAUGAUUAUUUCCACAUAUUCUUCAGAAACCCUGGAGAUCCUAUAUUAUUUGAUUUACAAAAUUACCAACAUACAGAAGUUCAAUUCAUUCAAAUCACUUCUGAGGAUAAAUCUGAGUUACAUUCAAAAGAAAUUGACGCAGAGUUGAUUAGAAAAGGUUUAACAAUAGAAGCCCCAAUACCCCAAAAAAUUCAAAGUAACGAAACAGCAACAACUACAGCAAGCACAAGCACAACAAAAACAAAAACAACAACCCCAUCAUUGACUAGACUCACCACUAAUACUGUAUUUGGUAAACCUUCUAUUACAAAGAAAAGAGGAAAACAUAGGCUUAUCAAUAAAGAUCAAGUAUCUCAAGGAACAAUAAAUGAUGAUUUUGACGAUGGAGUUACAUAUGGACAAGAACCAGAACCAGAAAGAGAUAGAGAUAGAGCCAAUUAUGCUGAAACCGAUUACAGUAAUAGUUCCGAAGAUGAAUCUAAAGAGCCACCAUUUAAAAAACAUGCAUUUGAUGAAGAACUUGGUCCUACACAACUCAACAAUAAACCUAAAUCAAUAUUUUGA